UUAAACCCUCUCUUAAACCCUUACUCUCACAAUGUACGGACAGCCACCGCACAAUGGCGGCGGUAGCGGUGGCGCGUGGCGCGUACCUCCUCCACAACCACAGCAACACCAACAAUAUCAACAACAGCCACCAUAUCUAGGGUUUAAUCAAAACCCUAAUUUAAUUCCUUACCCCUUUUAUCUCCAAAAUCCCAAUUUCCCCAUUCAACAAAACCCUAAUUUCGUAAAUUAUCCAAUCCAACAAAACCCUAACCCUAACCCUAACUUUCAAUUUCAACAGCCGCCUUCUCUUCCUCAACAGAGUUUCCCAAUGGGUAAUAAUAACGAGCAACCUCCAUCAAAGGGUAAUAAGGAGGUUAUUGAGAGAGUUGAUAAGGCUGUAAUUAAGGCACGUAGAGACCUUAUAGAGGCAGGUGAAAAUGUGUCGGCUUGGAAAGUGUCACAAGCUGCUUUGGUUAUACUGAACGCUGAAUCGUGGGAUUCUUUGGGCUGUAAAGUGCAAGAUGCCCCCUCCUUGCAUAGCCUCAUUGUUACCGAAGGGAAGAUUAAUGCUUUCAUCCACUGCUUUGUUGGUGUUCAAAGAAUUACCACAUUGUAUGAUUUGGAAGUAGCAAUAUGCAAGAAUGAGGGGGUUGAGCAGUUUGAAGAGCUGGAAUUGGGUCCGCUGCUGAAACACCCGCUCAUUAUCCAUUAUUUUUCUAUCAAUCCUGAUGUUUCAGAAGUUUUCAGAAUAACGAGCGAGGAGAUAAUGUCCUUCCUUUCUAAGUUCAUCAUGGAUGCUGAUAAAAGAAGAAGAGUAAACAUAGAUGAAUUUUUGAACUUCAUCACUGAGAAGAAAUCUGCUGGAACCAAAGAGAAUCUUUGUGUGCGGAUUCAAAGCUUGGGGAUGUACAUUACAUUUAUCCAGGAAGCAAGGCAGUUCGAAACUAGCACCGUUAAAAAAUAUAUCCGUAGGGUGAAAAAACAAUCCAGCAAAAAUAUCGGGAAACGCCCUCUCUUAUCUGCAGAGAAGAAGCAGUUAGAUGAGCAUUUCAAUGCUAUGUGUGAACGUGUCAAAUUAUUUUCCUCAGUUGAGAAGGAAUUUUGUGGUAAACACACAAAGUUUUUAUCAAGUUCAGAAUAUGAGAGCACUGAUGAUGAUCAGGAUGAAAAUGCUGCACAGAGCCCAGCUGGAAACAUCAAAAGUUUCGACAGACCAACCACUUGUCCGUACCCAUCAGCAUCUGAAGAAAUGAUGCGGCUGGGUUUGAAAGCUGAAGAUGGUGUUGGCCUACCUACUACUAAUGGCAGUGACAGAUACAGUAAGGAUAUUCGGCAAUCCAAGAGUAAAAGAAAACAUGAUGAUGUUCAGAGUUCCAUGGCUUUACCCAAAAAAGCACCCAAAAGAGAUAUGGUUACUCGCAGGAAUAAAAAGGGAUCAAAACUUUCUCAAGCGUGGAAUGAAGAAUCCGAUGGUUCAAAUGUUUCUUCACAUGGUGAUGAUUCGAUUAAAAGUUUCAUUAACACUUGGAAGGAGGCAUGUCGGACAAACAGUGUAGAUGAGGUGUUUCAGAGGAUGCUUCAGUUCUAUGAGGCAAGGAAGAAAAAUAAAGUGACAAGAUUGUUUUCAUCAUAUCCAUUUUGUGGGUUGCUUCAUGUUGCUGUUACAUCUAUUAAACGUGGAAUGUGGGACAGUUUGUAUGAUAAGCUCCAAACAUUUAAUCACUGUGGAGUGACCAACAAAGGCACUGAAAAUUGUGCUGACUCCAUAUGCAUCGAGGUUGAAUCACCUGAAAGGGAUGCUACCAAUCAUUUUCACAAGCUCUUGGUGUGCGAAAGUGGUGUCACCAUCGACGACAUACUUGGUAAAAUUAAUACAUAUUUUGAGGGUGAUGAUAAUCCCUUGCCCACUGCAAGUUCAUACCAUGAGAAGUUCGUCUUCCUCUUGAAUAAGUUUUGCAAGCUUGAAUCUUGGUUGACAGAGCAGUUUUCCGUGGAUAAAUUUGAGUCACUUGGUUAUGGGGAUAUCUGGCCCUUCCUGGAGAAAAAUAUGCACCUGUUUAGUCAUACUUUACCAAGGUGGUUAACAGAUGACAUGCAUGAGAAGCCUCCUCUGGAACCUUCAAUGCUUGAUUGUCAGUUUGAUCUAUUGUUAUCACAGGCUUCACAAUGUUUAUGGGAGAAUGAAAAAGUAGACAAGCGGAGGAUUUCCGAGUUACUAAUGAGGCAAUUCCCUUUAGUCUGUUUAAAAGUAGCUGGAAAUGACUUAAUGAUAGAUAUAGAGGGUUCUAUGAAGGCAAAGAAAGGCGAUAUGACUUUAAAGUCUGUUGUAUUCUCUGAAACAUUGCUCAAGGAAUUUGCUGUGGGUAAAAAUAAUGAAAAUAUAUUAGAGAAAGCUGGUUUGGAGAAUGAUGCAGGACAUGGAGAUUGGAUAGUGAUGUCCAAAGAUGCCAUGAAGGCCUUGGUCAAUGCUCCAAUGUUGAUAGAUCUGAAAUUGUGGUCACAUUGGGAUAUGGUUUUUGCUCCUUCUCUUGGUUCUCUUGUGGGUUGGCUGUUGAAUGAUGUCAAACACCGAAGAGUUGUUGUGUUUGGUAACUUCGUGUGGGAAGGUUUUGCGUGUUGAUCAUUCAGCCACUAUUGAUUCUUUUGUAUAUGUACUUCUGCAAGGCAAUCCUUUUGAUACAGCUGUCAAACUGGUAUCUUUGUUGGUUUUAUAUGGUGGUGAAAAAAGUGUUCCUAGUUCACUCUUAAAAUGCCAUGCACG